CCUUUCCCUGCAGUCUACAUACCUAUACCCGCUAGUCUACUCCGGUUAUAGUCGAGCUCUUGUCCGAGCUCGUAGAUUGACGAGCUACGAUGUCGCCUCUUUCUAAUGCUAUGAACCUGAUAAUCGGCAAUAGCAAUAGCACUCGCGCUCCCUUCCCCGAACUAAUGAACUCGACAUCCUGGCACAUUUUCUCGGGCCUGGAAGAUAUUGGCGCGGGAUUCGGAUUCCCUAAUCUCUCUAGAAGCACCGUCGCGGGUAUCAGUGCCGCAAUCGCUGGCAAUAUGCUCAUUAGUCUGGCGUUGAACCUACAGAAGCUGGCGCAUCGGAGGUUGGAGAGGGAAUGGGAGGAGCGGAACCCCUGGGCUGAGGAACAUGCUAAUGGGAUGGAGCUAGAUGGUGAUGGUGAAGAAGAUGAGGGUGACGGUGUGGAUGGGGCUAGUGAGGGGAGUAGUGUGAGGACUGAAAGAGCUGUGAGGAGGGAUGACGUUGAUGAUCGAGAUAGGGCUGGGAAUGAGGAGGAAGAGAGACGGAGUGUUGAUGAGUUGUUGUUUAGAGAGUCGGAAGCUUGGAAGUCGCCACCUUCGACUGCAUCGUUGACACUCUCACCGCUGCCGUCUCACCUUCAACCGGGCACUAUAACGAAUGCGGACGUCGACAUCAAUUCACAACCAUUUCCUGCCGUUUCGGUCGUGCCUUCGCCCCUGGCCACGCCUCCCAUUCAGCCCCAAAAUGGACACCGCUCGUACGGUGCCAUCGUCACUGAAGUUCCUACCGAAAAUGUCAGUGUUGCGUCAAAUGGUCAUGAUGCUGAUGAAGGUGGAAGGGGACAGGCUAGGAAGGGAUUGAGAACUUUGUUGAGGUGGAGGCCGACACGGAAAGUUAAAGCAGUGAAUGGGAACGGAGAGACGCAUGAGAGAUUGAAGACGGUAGGUGAAGAGGAUCCUCUGCUUGAGGAUCAUGAAGAGGAAGGUGAGAACGGGAAUGUUAUGAAUGAGGAGGGUAGGGAAUCAGAAUCGAGAUACCUAAAAUCAAAGCUCUGGUGGUGCGGCUUCUUGCUCAUGAACAUUGGUGAAUGUGGCAACUUCAUCUCCUACGCGUACGCGCCUGCGUCUAUCGUAGCCCCACUCGGAACAUUCGCUCUGAUAGCGAAUUGCGUCUUCGCUCCUCUCAUCCUCAAAGAACGUUUCCGUAAGCGCGACCUAUUCGGCAUAACUCUCGCCAUAAUCGGUGCAAUCACGGUCGUCCUCUCCUCCAACACCUCCGAAACCCGCCUUUCACCUUCCGGCCUCAUCAAAGCUAUCUCUCAACGUGCAUUCCUCGUAUAUUCCCUCGUAUACGUCACGGCUGCGGUCGUCCUUGCUGGCCUGUCGAGGGGACGGUUAGGGAGGCAGUAUGUGUUUGUGGACGUUGGAUUGUGUGCUCUAUUCGGUGGAUUUACAGUAUUGGCGACCAAGGGCGUAUCGACACUGCUCACGAUGGAGUGGAUAAAAAUCUUCACGGAAUGGAUAACGUAUCCUAUCCUUGCGGUCUUGAUAGGUACUGGAGUCGGUCAAAUCAAGUAUCUUAAUCGUGCACUCAUGCGAUUCGACGCGAAAGUCGUCAUCCCGAUCCAAUUCGUCCUCUUCAACCUCUCCGCGAUAACAGGCUCCGCCAUCCUCUACCGCGAUUUCGAAAAAGCGCAGUUCCACCAGUUCGUGACGUUCGUCUACGGGUGUGGAGCCACCUUCGCCGGCGUGUGGGUCAUCGCUUGGGACCCGAAUUCGUCGUCGUCGUCGAGGAGCGCGUCAAAUAAUUCCAGAUCGAGGACUGCGCCUGCUUCUGGAGCGGAAGACGGGGAUCGACUGGCUGAGGAAGGGGGUGCGGAGUUGGAGAUAUCGAUGGCCGUUGGAAGGGGGGCUGGGGCGGAUGGUGGUGCGGGUGCGGGUGCGGGCGCAGGGCAAACCGCGCCUGGGAGCGUGGCGAGUAGCUAUGGGAGGAGGCAGAGGACGGGAAGUAUGGGGAGGAGGAAGGGGAUUAUGGGUGUGUUCGAUUUGAUGGAAGGGGAGGAACUCGAUGUUGGAGCGGUCGGGAGUAUGCCCGUGCUGAGGACGAGACAUUCGGCGAUCAGUUUGGUGGGAAUUUCGCCUGCGCAGCGGCUGCUCCUCGUACACACUCCUCCGCGGGACGACGACAUUUGGUCAUACUCCGGCUCCUCACCACACCAGGACGUCGAACGCGGGGUGACAGCCACUCCAAGCACGUCAGGCCAAGGGUUGGAGUCGCGAAGAAGGGCGGUUAGCUGGGUGGGAGAGGAACGGGGAGGGUCUAACAGCCCACAUGCGUACGGACGACAGGGCGGCCGGAGGGCGCUUCGGUCGUCGUUACCUGCGCCUCCGGCUGGGAUGAGGAACGCAACUGCGAGUGUUGGGAGCCCCGGUCAGCCUACGAGGACGCGGACGAGGUCUUCGACGAGAGAGAGGGCAGAAGGGAGCGAGGGUGGGAGUAGGCGCAGUAGUAGAUCGAGGAGCUAGGACUUUCGUAGCGGCACAAGGACCUUGGAAUGCAUGAUGUACUAGAGGUGUAGGAGUAUAGUAUGUUCCAG